GCUGGCUUUUGCGGUCGGCCAGGUCCUCAGCUAAGCUUCAGCUGGCUUGCCCCGUCGGCACAUAUCAAUCAGCCUCGAGAGCACGACGCUCGACAGACAACGUCACGUGCCGUAACCAGAGGGAGGUCAUACUGGUUUGAUCCAUCAACAUCCUGGAAGAAAGUUUCACUGGGCAUCGCACUUGUGGACAACCAAAACCUGUCGCCGUCAGCAACAUCCUCCCCGCAGCCUAAACCGCACCAGUGCAUGCGCGGAGCAAGAAUGACCAUCCUUGGUAGGAGUUAUAGUGCUCGAGUUUCGGCCUGAUCAGUUCGCCUGCUGCUUUCCGUAAAGUGCAUCGGAUAGGUGCGGGUUCGUCACCUGUUUCACUUUCGCAUACAUUUGUCUAAAACGAUGAGCUAUUCACAAUGAGAGACCCGAGCUUCAACAUGGAACAGAACCAGACCGGGGAUUCGCAGCCAGCCCUGGCGCCAGCAAUCAAUGGAUCCCGCAGAAACCAAAACAGGUCCGUUCGGGUGACAUUUGGUCCAGACCCCAAUUCAGUGAUUACUACACGCGAUCGAGACGAUUCGCCCGCUCCGUUGUCAGCUCACCAUCGAGCUCUUACAACCGUUGAUUCUCAGAACCCGCAGCUAUCGCCGCCGUCGAGCCGGUCUAACAGCUCAUCAAAUGGGACCUUCGCUGCACCACAAGCAGGAGAUGUUUUGCCCACUCGACCAUCCAGGAACGGCCGUCCUUCCCUGCAACGAGCCAAGAGCGACUACGGACCCAGGUCUGGCUUCGACAAAGCCGCUAAUGGGGAUGAUGAGGAUUUUGCGAUGAGACAUGGGUGGCAGGAGGAGUACACAUCCAGUGAGUAUUUGAAGAUAUUACAUUCGAACUUUUAUAUGUAUUUUACAGAAAAACGACAUGAAACAAGUGGCCUCCCCAGGGAUUCGGCAGAUAGCUGGGCCAUCCAAGAAUGGCGAAUGAGGGAUCGUUUGAAGACCGUGUCCGCUGCACUAGCUAUCUGUUUGAACAUUGGUGUAGAUCCUCCAGACGUUGUCAAGACGAAUCCAUCAGCAAAGCUCGAAUGCUGGGUAGACCCAACUGCGACUACAGGUGGUCAGAACAAGAUCAUGGAACAGAUUGGGAAAAAAUUGCAGGAGCAAUACGAAACGCUUAGCUUGAGGACAAGAUACAAACAGUAUCUAGACCCAUCCGUCGAUGAAACCAAGAAGUUCUGUAUCUCUCUCCGCCGAAAUGCCAAAGAUGAACGUGUUCUUUUUCACUAUAACGGCCACGGUGUUCCUUUGCCAACACAAUCUGGGGAAAUAUGGGUCUUCAACAAGAAUUACACCCAAUACAUCCCGGUCUCAUUAUACGAUCUUCAAUCGUGGCUUGCUGGCCCUAGCUUGUUUGUUUUUGAUGUCGCCCAUGCGGGAAACAUCGUGAGUAAUUUCCAAAGCUUUGUUGAGAAACAUGAGAAAGAGAAUGCGGAUGCAAGGAAAAGGGAUCCCAAUGCAUUGAUUCAGAACUAUGCAGAUUGUAUCCUACUUGCAGCCUGCCAGAAGUCCGAAACUCUUCCAACAAACCCCGACCUUCCUGCAGAUUUAUUCACUUGUUGUCUCACGACACCAAUUGAAAUUGCACUUCGAUACUUUGUUCUACAGAACCCACUCAAUACUAAUCUCUCACCCGACGAGUUCAAGGUGCCUGGGCGUUUACAAGAUCGGAGGAGUCCCCUAGGAGAGUUGAAUUGGAUAUUUACUGCUAUCACAGAUACAAUUGCUUGGAACACUCUUCCGCGCCCUCUUUUCAAGAAGCUUUUCAGGCAAGACUUGAUGGUUGCAGCGCUGUUUAGGAAUUUUCUUCUGUCUGAACGUAUCAUGCGAACAUACCAAUGCCAUCCCAUGUCUACCCCACCAUUGCCUGAAACCCAUAACCAUCCUCUCUGGCAGAGCUGGGACCUGGCUAUUGAAAUGGUUCUUAGUCAACUUCCAGCAUUGAUCGAUAAUGAGGAAGGCCGGAGACAGUAUGAGUAUCAGCAUUCAACCUUCUUUGCUGAACAGCUCACCGCAUUCGAGGUGUACUUGUCAUCAGGCCCAACCGAGAAGAACCCUCCUGAUCAGCUGCCGAUUGUCUUGCAAGUACUGCUAAGUCAAGCACAUCGGCUGCGAGCUCUGAUUCUCCUUAGCAAGUUUCUUGAUUUGGGUCCAUGGGCUGUGCACUUGGCUCUCAGUAUCGGUAUCUUCCCUUACGUUGUUAAGCUGCUACAAUCUGCCGCUCAGGAGUUGAAGCCGGUUAUGGUCUUCAUCUGGGCCAGAAUCAUGGCCGUGGACUUUUCUGUCCAGAAUGACCUCCUCAAAGACAACGGCAUUCAUUAUUUUAUCACUAUUCUGAACCCUUCAUCACCAAUCCCCGUAGGGAAUGCCAGUGAACAUCGGGCUAUGUGCGCCUUUAUUGUCUCCAUUUUCUGUAAAAAUUACCCUCAGGGCCAGAACGUCUGCCUCUCCGCUGAACUUUUUGAUUCUUGUUUGAGGCAUUUGAUGGAUGUGGAGAACCCAUUACUUCGACAGUGGUCUUGUCUAUGUCUGAGUAUGCUGUGGCUGGACUUUCCAGAUGCUAAGUGGAUGGGUAUUCGUUGUGCUGCGCCCCAGAGACUUUGUGACCUCAUAUUCGAUCCUGUCCCUGAAGUACGCGCGGCAAUGCUGCACGCACUCACCAAUUUCAUAGGCAUUCCGGAUUUGACAGAUCAAGUCGCACAGAUCGAAGAAUCCAUUGCUAUGGCAAUUUUAUCAAUGGCUGCAGAUGGUAGUGUUAUCGUGAGGAAAGAAUUACUUGUUUUCUUCUCCGCUUUCGUAAAGCGAUACGAAAAUAAGUUCCUUGUUGCUGCUUAUGAAGAACUGUUGGAGGAGAAGCAAGUGUUGCUUAAUCGAAUGCAGAACGAUGUUUCCUACCAGCUGUCAACGCAUGGCGAAAUUGCGGGUGUGGAUGGAGCAUUCGGUGGGAAAUCACAACUACUAUCUCAAAACACGACCUUUGGGACAAUAUGGAAGCAACUUCUUAUCAUGUCGGUCGACCCACAUCCUGAGGUCGCUCAGGAUGGUGCUACAAUCGUUGAUUAUCUCCAUAUUGCAAUAUUGCAGUCUCCAAUUAGCGCAAUGGCUAUCAAAGCUCGCGACGAAAUUAUGGAAAUAUUGAGUCGCCUAAACUCGAUCAAGCCACAAGUCGCAGAGACGAACGAGUCCAACACCAUACGUCCGGGGACACCUCCUAUUCAAGCUACUCAGAAGCAGGAGGGUUACUUCUCACUCAGUAUGCGAAGGACUGCCAGCGUCGCGGCGUCCCUUAAAAACCUUGCAUUCGGCAAUCCCUCCGCUGACCAAGGACCACUAUCACCAACAAGCUCUCAAGGAAAGGCAUCGACUGCAAAGAACAGGGCUCCUAUCACUCCUCGGGAGCGUGCCCCUCCGGAAUGGACUCGUCCUCCCGAAGUAAAUGAUCAGAUGGCUCCCGCUACUGCAUACCACCAAGCUCCACAGCCCCCAUCCCGAGGGUUCCAGCCCAAGAGUGCACAUCUUGCUCCUUCCAUACCUUUGAAGAGCAAGUUCCUGGAUUGGUCCACCGAGUAUUUCCGAGAGCCUCAGAUGAAGCCCAAUGAGCCAGACGAGCCUGGUAGCGCUGACUACAACGAGCGCCUUUGGCGACGAAGUAGGAAUGAGAAGAUUAUCGCGGAAACGCAACCAUUGAAAGAGAAAGCUGGCAGCACUCGCUGGCAGCAUUCUGUGGCAUUGUUGACAAAUGAUAGCCAGCCUAUUAAGAUGUCUUUCCAUCAAUUUGAGGAUCAUCUUGCUAUUGGAGACGAUCGGGAUACAGUCACGAUUUGGGAUUGGCAGCGAAAUGAACGCCUCAACCGCUUUUCGAAUGGUAAUCCUCCGGGUUCAAAGAUAAACGAAAUUCGAUACAUCAACGAGGAUGACCAGGCACUGUUAAUGACUGGCUCAUCGGAUGGCGUCUUGAAGGUUUAUAGAAAUUAUGAGUCUCGAUCAGACAUUGAGGUUGUAACUGCAUUCCGGGCUUUGCCCGAUCUCAUUCCAAGCAAUAGAAAUGCGGGCUUAGUCUUUGACUGGCAACAAGGACAAGGAAAAGCCCUUGUUGCAGGAGACGUCAAAGUAAUCAGGGUGUGGAACGCUGCGACAGAAGUCUGCACAAAUGAUAUUUCCGCACGUUCUGGGUCUUGUAUCACUUCCUUGACAUCCGAUCAAGUUGCUGGUAACAUAUUUAUCGCUGGGUUUGGCGAUGGGGCAGUUCGCGUGUUUGAUCAACGACUCAAACCUACGGCUGCCAUGGUCAAAGUUUGGCGGGAGCAUAAACAGUGGAUCACAAAUGUCCACAUGCAACGAGGUGGUGUCAGAGAGUUGAUAUCUGGCAGUCGGAAUGGAGAAAUCAGGCUGUGGGAUCUUCGAAUGAAUGAUCCUAUCAACACUAUAAACGUUACGAAAGACACCCUUCGAACAUUGAGCGUCCAUGAACAUGCCCCUGUCUUCACAGUUGGCACAAACAGGCAUGAGGUAAAAACUUUCAAUGUCGACGGCGCGUUCCUAUCGAACUAUGAGCCAUACUCCAGCUUCCUCCACAACAACCGCUCCUCACCUAUAUCCUCCACGGCUUUCCAUCCUCACCGCACUCUUCUCGCAUGCUCUGCCUUGCAUGACAACCACGUCAAUUUGGUAUCCUGUUAAACCCUGUAUCCGGCACACUGGUGUGUAAUUAACCUCACAAUUUAGUAUAUUAUGAUUUAACGUACUGGGUCGAUCACAACAGCGGCGUUUUGUCCUUUAGCUCUUUUUCUUCUUUUUCUGGGCAGGGCAUGCAGGUUGCAACUGGCUCUACUUUACGUCUGGUUUUGUUUACUUUCUGAGGUUUAUAUUUUUAAUUUGCACUUAUCAUGUUUGCUCGAACGGCGGUGAUUGUCGCUUGUUAUUGCUUUUUUUUUCUUUUCCGCUGACAGAGUGGUGGUGUUUUAUUUCGACAUGGUCGAGUACUAAUGUAUACAUAGAGUUCUAAUUACAAAUUAUAUUGAUAUAAUGAGGUUAUUGAG